CUCUACCACAAGAGCUUCACAGCCCCUCGUCGCUCUUCUUCUUCAGCGUCGCCGAGCUUCGUCAUUCCAACGACGAGGAGAGCGAGAGAACAGAGGGAGGUUCCCGCCCCGUACCUUCAUCAUCCACUUGAAAGCCCCCGCCAUCUCCACCUGGCGUUGAGCAUAUGCUAGCACCCAGCCCCAGGACGACGAAUCUCGCAGCAUAUCAACAUCAGCAUCAGCAUCAGCAUCAGCACCAGCAUACUCCGACGAGAACUAUGACGUCCAGAGUAGCAGUCGCAAGAUCAGCCGCUGCAACAGCUGGUCCUUCGUCGCCGCCUCGAAAUGGCAUGAUUCCAACUCUCCCAUGCCCUGACGACUCGGACUUCCUGGACAGUGAUGCUGAUGGCGAGGAGUGCCAUCAUGACGAGACUGAAUUCGUUGCCUCGUCAUCCUAUGCCAUGGAUUCAGAAAGGCUCGGCUCCCCGUGCUCGCAAGGCGAAGAGGAUGCUCCCACCCCUCUCAUCCCCCUCAUCUACAUAUCUACCCGUCUCUACUUCACCUUUUUCGAGGAUCCGCCGCCGCCGGCCCACCUUCUCAACAUCGGCAACGGCGCAGCAUCGGCCGUCUUUGAGGCACCCAAGCAACAGCGAGGCGGGCAGCCUAUGACGGCUGCUGAUAUCCCGGAGCAGUUUCACUGGUUCAACAUCGACGACGAACUCGUCUACCUCAGCUUCUUUGAGGAUUGGGGCCCGCUCAACGUAGCCCUCUUCUAUCGCUUCUGCAUGCACAUCCACCAACUUCUUAACGACGACAACCUCGCCGACAAGGCCCUCGUCUUCUACACCUCCAAUCACCCGCACAAGAAGGCGAACGGCAGCCUCCUGGCCGCCAUGUACUCGAUGAUCAUCGAUCACAUCGAGCCGGCGGACGCCUUCCACCCUUUCAGCCAAAUCGAGUUCAAGCCGUUUCGAGACGCAGGCUACGGCCGCCCGGACUACUGUUUGACUAUGCAGGACGUCCUCUACGGUGUGCACAGAGCCAUCAAGGAGAAGCUACUGGACUUGUCCGAGUUUAACCUCGAGGAGUAUGAGUACUACGAGCAGGUCCAAUGCGGAGACUGGAACUGGAUCACCCCUAGCUUUCUCGCCUUUGCCAGCCCGAAUGAUCGCGAGUACGUUGCAGCCCUGAAAGCCAAUGGCGGUCAGCCGCCGACGCCAUCGAGCGUCAGCCGUAAGCUCCCGCAGGUCUUCCUCAAUACGGUCCGCUACUUCAAGGAACGCAACGUCAAGCUCGUUGUCCGCCUCAACAACCCACUCUACGACAAAACCGUCUUCGAAGAUGCGGGGAUUGCGCAUCUCGACCUCUACUUUGACGAUGGAUCCAACCCAUCAGAGGAGAUUCUCAGAGAGUUCAUUCGAAGGGCAGACGACGUCAUCUCCAAAGGUGGGGCCAUUGCUGUGCACUGCAAAGCUGGUCUGGGCCGCACAGGCGUGCUCAUUGGCGCGUAUCUGAUCUGGAAGUAUGGCUUCAGCGCGUCCGAAGUCAUUGGCUUCAUGCGCAUCAUGCGGCCAGGCUGCGUCGUCGGUCCGCAACAGCACUUCAUGUACCAGAACUUCGUCGAGUGGGUACGAUGGAGCGUUCGUGAUCAAGCGCUCGCCAUCGCACGCAAGACGAUCGAGGCAGAGCGCGCAGUCAUGGCCGCAAGGAUGGGCCAGGCUAAAGCGAAUGAGGAGGUAGAGGUAGAGAAUGAGGACGCGAUGGCUGCUGCACCGGUGACGCCCAAGCACAAGAAGAUGCCGCAUGUCAUCCCAGCAACGGCUGCUCCUGCAGUCAAGCCCGUGCCUUGCGUUGGGCAACCGCGCAAGAGCCCAAGCCCGUCGAGG